UAAAUCACACAUACGGUUUCUGUUUCUCUUUCCAAUAUGUUUGUCAAUUUUGGAACUCUGGCCGUUAUUACCAUAAUUUUGUCAUCGUCGAGUCUGUGCUCUGCUACUUUUGAUGAUCAAAACGUCUUUAACUUGCAACCGCCAUCACAUGAUUUCUCUGCGAAAAUAAAAUUAGACAAUGGUGAAAACAGCAGGAUUGCGGACAGGAUUGUUGGAGGUGAGGAGGCGAUACCCAACGAAUUCCCUUGGCAAGCCCUUCUCAAAGUGGAGGUAGUUAAUAACAAAUUGUAUUCCUGUGGCGGAAGUUUGAUCGCAGAUCGAUGGAUUCUUACGGCCGCUCACUGCCUGGUGAUUCCAAAUGAACCUGUUAAAUCGGUGACUGUCUACCUGGGGGCGCACAAUAUUGCUCAGUCAUCUGAAACAAAUAAAAAGAUUUACAUAGGAUACAACUUCGCCCGUCAUCCUUCUUGGAAUGCCAGCACCAUGGAAGGAGACAUAGCUUUAAUCAACCUCACAAGCGCCGUUACUUAUACACAGUAUAUCCGUCCAAUCACCUUGGCCAAUUCGAACGAACCAAAUCACGUCAACGAUAAUGUCACUGUUGCCGGAUGGGGAUCGACAUAUGACGGUAGUGUUUUGGGCAGUUCAACACUUCGUAAGGUGACAGUCCCAGUCAUCACCAAUAACGAAUGCAAGUUGACUUAUGGCAAACUCGUCUCAGAUAAAAUCAUUUGCACUAGCGGAAACAAUUAUCGUGGAACAUGCAACGGUGACAGUGGCGGCCCAAUGAACUACAAAGGGUCGGACGGCUCGUGGAAGCAAAUUGGUAUCGUUUCGUUCGGCUCGACUGAAGGUUGCCAAAAGAAUCAUCCAAACGGUUGCACCAGGAUCAGCUCGUAUUCGUCAUGGAUUCAAAGUAUCAUUUCACCUUCAUCAUCUUCCACAACAUCCACGAAAAUCCCCACAACCGCCUAUAGCUCGACAACAAAUAAGGUGACUACAACACAGCCGUCUUCCGGUGGUCAUCAAACUUCCGCCUUCUUAUCGUCGUCACUCAUUUCAAUUCUUCUCUUGAUUAUCUGUAUUGGACCCAUUUAUGGAGUCUGAAAUUGAGAUAGCGGGCAUGACUACACAUUUAUGCCAUAGUUGAUCAAAUAAUCUAUGGCUAGGCAAGUAUACAUUACAUUUCACGAAUUAUAAAUUGUUUGCAAUUUAACAGAGUGAUGAAGUUUAUGCAAUCAAAAAUAAUUAAAUUGUUGAAAUAUUAAGAGCUGUGCUCUAAUAAAUAAAUAGAAAAUGA